UAUCCUGCAAGCAAAUAUCUUCUCUUACUGCCGUUAGUUUUAAGACGUGUGCUUACAUAACAUAAAAAAAGGCGCUGGAUGCUGCAUGUCAGCUGCCUCCAUGAUUUGAUACAGCAUUCAUAUAAUAUUUCUUAGGUACGUAGACGUAUAAAAAGACUCACAAGACUUUGGGACUAACCUACCCGGCCGGUUCUAUAGUGACAGUACCAUUUAUUCGUUAAGUCAGUUGCUUACAUGCGGGGCACGUAUCGUAUUAUUUCUCCGCAUCUGAGGGUAUUCAACCUGGCUGGUUAUAAUUAAGCUUAUUCGAUUCGGUUGAGCGGACAAGAACCAGGUAUCUUCGGAAACCUCCCUUUUCUCUUUGUAUUUGGUGACUGAAAAUGGCAUAUAACACCAAGCCAUCUAUUGAACGACUACCGGCCAUCCCAGCGGAGGUGACAGCCGAAUGGCUAGAGUCUAAGCUCGGACACAAGGUCAAGUCGGCCACAUUGACGCGAUCUAUAUUCGGAACGGGUAGCAAGCUAUUCAUCUCUAUCGAGUACGAAGAGGAAAUAGCUGAUCCGGACUCGCGGCCGCGGAAUAUCUGCGUGAAGGGCGUGUUCGACCCGGCGAUGGUAAAAUCUCAGCCAUGGACUCUAAGCCUGGCACUGCGUGAAGCCAACUUCUUCGCAAAGAUUGCGCCGAGCAUUAAGCACAUGGGCUACCCCAGAGGUUGGUGGGGCGGAACAAGCGACAGGCAAGGAAUUGCCAUUAUGUCCGACCUGACGCACGAAGGCUGUACUUUCCCGUCUGAGGCUGCCUCUUACCCGGUCGAGAAGGUCUUGGAUGGCGCCGCGCAGAUAGCCGGUCUACACGCCCAAUUCUGGGGUAGGAGCCAGGACGACUAUCCUUGGAUUUCGAACGAUUACGACGUGGCUAUGAAGUUCAUCACCGAGCCGUGGGAUAGCGUCGUGCGAGAACCUGGACGGCCUAAGUUACCUGAAUACUUGAUGGACGGCGCGCGCGUUAAAAGGGCUCAAGAAAAGUACUAUGCUCAGCGCAACCCCAGGUUUCGCACGCUACUGCACGGCGACACGCACCUGGGCAACGUCUACUUCACGGCUGAAGGACAUACGCGGUUCCUGGACUGGUCAGCGUUCCACUUCGCGUCUUGUUUCCACGAUCUAGUCUACUUCGUGUCCACCACACUGGAAGUCGAGGAACGUCGUGCUCAUGAGAUGGAAGUGUUAGACCACUACCUGGCGACCCUUCAUCGUCUAGGAGGCCCCAAGUUCGAACGCGACGACGAGGAACUUAUGAUCGAGUAUAAGCGUUCGUACAUGACAAACAUCAUCUGGCCGGUCUGUGGAUAUGACCUGCAGACUAAGGAACGGGUAGACGCCUUCACGGAGCGCACCAUCGCGGCUUGGGUUGACCAUAAAGUUAUCGAGGUUAUCGAGGCUCAAUGGUAGUUAUCCGGGGGUAAAAAGGGGACUAUCCUGUAUAGUUCGUAGUUGUCUGAUAUGAAUUUGG